AUGGACCGACGAGUUCGUGGCGGUCGCAAAGCCGCGGAGUCGGGUCGAGUGGACAUUAUUGCAUAUUCCAUAAAUCCGAACGUUGAGAUCUCCAGAUCAAUCAGGACUGAGCCUGUAAUCUGCUCCUAUCGCACCUGCCCAAAGCGCGUUGCCUCCGCAAUCACAUUCCGACGGGCAACGAAUCUUCCUCAUCUUCGACAGCCGCCAACCCGACCUUUCUUCGACACCGCUUCCUCGUCGAACAACACCGCAAAAAUGGCCACCGAGUUGACCGUCCAGUCGGAGCGCGCUUUCCAGAAGCAGCCUCACAUCUUCCUUAACACCAAGGCCAAGGCUUCGUCCAAGAAGACUGCCCAGGGCCGCCGCUGGUACAAGGAGGUCGGUCUCGGUUUCCGUACCCCCAAGACCGCCAUUGAGGGAACCUACAUCGACAAGAAGUGCCCCUUCACUUCCCAGGUCUCCAUCCGCGGCCGUGUCCUCGUCGGCAAAGUCGUCUCCACCAAGAUGCACCGUACCCUCGUCAUCCGCCGCGAAUACCUGCACUACGUUCCCAAGUACAACCGUUACGAGCGUCGCCACAAGAACCUGUCUGCCCACGUCUCCCCCGCUUUCCGUGUUGAGGAGGGUGACAUGGUUACCGUCGGCCAGUGCCGUCCUCUCUCCAAGACUGUUCGCUUCAACGUGUUGAAGGUUCACGCCAAGACCUCCCGCGCUGUCAAGUCUUUCUCCAAGUUCUAG